ACAAAACAAACGGUCUGACACUGUCACCUCAUCGGACUCAGCUGCUGGCUCACUGAGUAGUGGCGACUCGUACUCGGCUCCCAGUGAUGACUCGGAAGAGUUGAUGUACUCGGUGUCAAACCCGCCCUCACCUGAUGGCAUCCGCAAGAAACAACUCGCUUCAGAUACAGACAGCGAGAAGACCGCCACAUCAGAUCAAAGCAAUUCUCAAGUGUCGAGUGUUGUGUUGAGAAGUGAGAAGGAAAAGCAGGAAGAACCCGUUUCUGUCAUGGCUGGUUUCCUUAAUAGUCUCAAGAAAACGACGUUUACCAUGGCCAAGAUGGCAAAACAAGAAACCAGUGAAAAACCAGCCGAUGUAGAAAACUAUUCCAAGAGAGUGAAUAAUAGUACUGCCAUUCAGGCAGCUCGUCCUGGAAUGAAUCCUGAAGACAAAUCGUUUUUCCCCUUUCCAGGUAUGGCGUGCAUCCACUAA